CCAAAAGUCUACAGUUGUCUCAGCCAAUGGACCUUGAGCAGCAACGUAACGCAUUUUCCGGCCUCCAACAGUCAUUUCAAUCUGACUCGCGUUGAUGUAGUCACUCUUGCCCCUGCUCUCGUCUACAUCCAAUUUCACUCUUGUCUCUUCAUAUGGCCGAAUGUUCGCGUAUCUAUUCUUUGUCUUCGCAUCAGUAUCAGAACAGUCUGCAAUCAUUUUGUCUGCACUCUUCGCAGGUUAUGAAGUUGUUGGUUUGGAGAAUAUUCCUGAGAGAGGCGGGGCACUUGUUGUUGCUUUUCACGGAGCUUUAGCGUUAGACAUGUACUUCUUGAUUUCAAGAGUGAUGUUGGUGAAACACAGGCUUAUGCAGUCUGUAGCAGACAGGUUCUUAUUUCGUUGCUGGGGUCUUGGUCCGUUUCUACAGCUGUGUGGUGUCAUACCUGGUACAAGAGAUCAAGCAUUGCAAUGCCUCAAAUCUGGCUCACUGCUGUGCAUUGCUCCUGGUGGAGUAAGGGAAGCUUUGUUUUCUGGAAAGGAAUACGAAAUUCUAUGGGGACAGAGGUCUGGCUUUGCACAAGUUGCUAUUGCAGCUGGAGUGGUAACUACGUGUAUGAACAAACGGCCCACAGCCGGGUUGACCUGAAACUGUUGCCGGGGAUGACCAAACUCUUACCUUUUUCAAUACACAAGCUAUCUAACUACAUUUUCAUCACAAGUUUUCACAACCUACUACUACUACUGUAGUGGGUUGUGAAAACUUGUCAAUGUCGUAAUCAAUGUCGCAUUGGAUUUGCCUUAUUACGUGCAUCCAUCAUGUGUCUCAGAGGCUGCACAACAAGAACACCUACCAACAAAGACAUACUCUUGGCUUCGGCUGAGAGUAGACUACCUUGCAGUAGUUGAAUUUUAGACUUAGAUAUGUGUUUAAUGUAAUCGUUUUGCGAUGUUGUGUACAGUACCUUUGCUUAAUUGUUUGUCUUGUAUGAUAGAGUUUGAUUUUC